AUGAAAAUUCGCUUCCGCGCCAAGUGCGCGUCUGGCAGCAGGAAGGACUUGACGCCAAGUCGCCUGCUCCCCCUGUUCAACGUUAUUCUAUUCUUACUCUUCUAUGUGUUUCUCCAGGUGGGUGAAAGUGAGGAUGAGAUACUGUUCGAGGGUGCAACCGGUGGGAAGACGCAUCAAAUGGUGACGCACAGAAUGAUGUCUCAUCCAAUCGGGACGUAUGGAUUGGUGACCCACAACAUGAGAAACUUGCACGACAUGCCUGGGAAUAUAACAAGAGGUUUCAUGGACGGAGAGAUGAGGCAGUGGGUAACAAAUGAAUAUGAGUCGUCGCAGAAAUUGAAAGGAAAAAAUGGGCAGUCGGACGAUCUAUCCAAUGGAGGAAUGAAUGGUGCAGUGUUAUUGAUGAGCAAAUUGAGUCCAAAAUAUUUAAGAAAACUGGUGGGAGAUGUGUAUUACAACAAAAUUAAUCAGUUACCAAAAGAUAUAAGACCUAAUGAUCUGUUUUUGAUAUGGAAUGACAUUUAUAGAAUGGAGAAAAAUGAGUUUUCUAUUGUGGAGGAGGACCUCUGGCUUGCCUGUUGCCAGUUGGCUGAAGAGAACAGGAUUUCAAGACAAAGCAAAACAAACGAAUGGCUCAGAGUUUAUAAAGACAUAUCUCAUGACCUGAUGGAAAAGGAACUGAACGAUUUUAACGAUUUGCUAAUUUUUAUAAGUCAUGGCUCUUUUACGAAGCUCGACUUUACUCUCUUCAUAUAUUACAAGACCAUUUCGUGGCGGACGUUCAGGGAAGCCCUCUAUAGGAAGUGGGUGAAAGUUCUGGUUCGCAACUUUGAGGCCUACAGAAGGUAA